AUGCAGAAAGCCACCUACUACGACAACACCGCGGCUGCACUCUUCGGAGGCUACUCCUCAUACCCUGGCAGUAAUGGCUUCGGCUACGACGGUGCCCCCCAACCCCCCUUCCAGGCCGCCACGCACCUGGAGGGCGACUACCAGCGCUCAGCAUGCUCGCUGCAGUCCCUGGGCAACGCCGCCCCGCAUGCUAAGGGCAAGGAGCUCAACGGCAGCUGCAUGAGGCCUGGCCUGGCCCCUGAGCCCCUGUCUGCCCCGCCCGGCUCACCCCCGCCCAGCGCUGCACCUACCAGUACCACUAGCAACAGCAGCAAUGGGGGCGGGUCCGGCAAAAGCGGCCCCCCCAAAUGUGGUCCUGGCUCCAACUCCACCCUCACCAAACAGAUAUUCCCCUGGAUGAAAGAGUCGAGGCAGACGUCCAAGCUGAAAAACAGCUCCCCCGGCACAGCGGAGGGCUGCGGUGGCGGCGGAGGAGGAGGCAGUGGUGGCGGGGGCGGUAGCAGCGGGGGAGGGGACAAGAGCCCCCCGGGGUCUGCGGCGUCCAAGCGGGCGCGGACGGCAUACACGAGCGCGCAGCUGGUGGAGCUGGAAAAGGAGUUUCACUUCAACCGCUACCUGUGCCGGCCGCGCCGCGUGGAGAUGGCCAACCUGCUGAACCUCAGCGAGCGGCAGAUCAAGAUAUGGUUCCAGAACCGGCGCAUGAAGUACAAGAAAGACCAGAAAGCCAAGGGCCUGGCCUCGUCGUCCGGGGGCCCCUCCCCCGCCGGCAGCCCGCCGCAGCCCAUGCAGUCCACAGCCGGCUUCAUGAACGCCUUACACUCCAUGACCCCGAGCUAUGAGAGCCCGUCCCCUCCCACCUUCGGCAAAGCCCACCAGAAUGCCUACGCGUUGUCCUCCAACUACCAGCCCCCUCUCAAAGGCUGCGGCGCCCCACAGAAGUACCCCCAGACUCCGGCGCCUGAUUACGAGCCCCAUGUCCUCCAAGCCAACGGGGGCGCCUACGGGACGCCCACUAUGCAGGGCAGCCCAGUGUACGUGGGCGGGGGUGGAUACGCGGAUCCGCUGCCGCCCCCUGCCGGCCCCUCCCUCUAUGGCCUCAACCAUCUUUCCCACCACCCCUCGGGGAACCUGGACUACAACGGGGCGCCCCCUAUGGCCCCCAGCCAGCACCAUGGACCCUGCGACCCCCACCCCACCUACACAGACCUCUCCUCUCACCAUGCGCCUCCUCCUCAGGGUAGAAUCCAAGAAGCGCCCAAGUUAACACACCUGUAAUGGGAGAGGGAGGGCAGACGGGUGAGGUCAAGGGGACAGGCCUAGCAGGGCAGGAGAUCUGAAGGAGGAGGCAGGGAAGUGAUAGCCAGGCUUCCUGGGAAGAACAGGCCUGGAGCUCCUUCCCCUCCUGGCCUGAAAAGUUGCUUUUCAAAAUCCUCCAGCUCUUGUUCCAUUUGCCUGCCAACCCACUGGAAAGGAGCCCACAGCAGACUGGAGAUAACCCCAUCAACCUUAGGCCUCCAGCAAUACCCAGUUGGAAUUCCACGCUUGGGAGUGGGGUAGAGGAAGGGAUAAAUAGAAAAACAAGGCAGAGAAGCACAUUUUAAAAAACAGACAAGAUGGCUAGGCCAUCACCAACCAACCAACUUACCUUCAGUCUCUGUGGGUAAUUCCCCCAAAUCUUUUUUUUUUUUUUCUCUUGCAAUUCUCCUUUAAAAAGAAUUAGGAAACAUUUCAAAACCAGGGGCACUAACUACGCUCCCCUCCCACUUCCCUGAAGCCUCAAAUUUCCUCCCAUCUAUUUGAGAUUAAUUGGGCACUCCUUUCUGGCCCCAUAUUUUUCUGCUCUAGGACAUUAAUAUCUAUACCCCGCCCCCAACAAUGACAGUUUUCAGAGGGCUCAGGGAUGGUGAGAGAUCUUGAAAGUCAGAGCUGUCUAUAUUAUAAAUAUAUCUAUAUUUUUCUUUUAUGGAAAAGCUGGGAGGUGAGGGCAGGCAAAUUGUCAGGACUGAAGGUUUGCCCAUUUUGCUCCUUCCCACUCAGCUCCAGGUCCAUCCCGCUCUUUCCACAGAAAGCAAUCGGAGACACGAGGUUCUUCUACACUUUUCUUUUCUUCUGUUGCUCUCUUGACUUAACGUGAAAACAGGGUAUAUUUUAACAAACUGUCUGUCCCAGGCAGGGGCUGAGGCUGGUGCCUCGCUCAGCCCUCUGACAGGACACUUUUGUUGCACUUAGAGUUUACAUUCUAAUGGAUAUAAAAACAACUGUGAGAGAUGACUGGGCCUGCAGGAGUCCAGCAUCGCUCAAAAAGUGUGUGUUCUAGUGAACAUUUUCAUAUAUAUUUAUUGGUCAUAGCCUGUUAAAAUAUUUUCUUUUUUUGUAUUAUUUAUCCCCUUACGUUAUGUAUUUAUAUGAGGGAAAAAAAGGAAAAAAAAAAACCUGUACUUUUUUUAGUAUUUACUUGUUCUAAAGGACGUGUUUCCUGUCAUGUAAAACCAGCUAUUUUAGUUAUUAUUGUACUCUAGAAAAGAGCUGUAGAUUUAUGUUCCACUCGUACUUAUGAGCAAUUGUAAUUAGUUCUAAAAGGCAUGAGCUCAGCUCCUAAUUGUCAUUGUAUAGUCCUGGAUUUGUAGAAUUAGAGUUAAUUCCCUCUCAGAAGUUUCUUUGUUCUUCCGUAGUUACUUUUUUCCUUACUUAAAAGGGUUGUCUGUCAAACAAUUCUUGAAUAAACUUUCUGUUAUCAAUUUUAUCUUGUCCUGGUGGUCCAAUUUAGAUAGCAGAGGGGGGCUGCCCACUGCCAAAUUUCCCCCAAGGGAACAAGGACACCGAAGACCCUGUCCUGGACUUUCUGUCCAUUGCUCAGGCGCCUACCUCCUCUUGCCGUGUCUCCUGUUCAUAUAGCUUUUCUCCCAGGGACCUGGAAUAUACUGCCAAGUUCUCGAGCUAAAAUUUAAGUAAGAAGUUGCAGGGAAGGAGGACUCUUGGGUGUUCUCUCUAGGACUGUCUGUUUGGCUUCUUUGACUCUCUGUUUUUCUCAUUCAUUGACCUUUUGUCUCCUCGCUCCUUGGGCCACAACUUCCUGGCCCUCCCUGCUGCCCACCCCUUCCCAAAUAGCAACAACGACAACAACGACGACGACCACGACAACCAAAAAUGGGCCCGAUUACUGCUCCUUCCAGGCAACCUAAACUUCACCGUUUUCUUCCGGAGCUACAGAACAGUGGUCACGUGACCUGAAACCCAACCACCAUUGGGUCUAAAAUGAAAACAAAGAAAAAUGAUUAAUCUAAGAAAAAAAAAAAAAUCUGAGGCCUAGACUUCUCAGGUCAAACCUUAAAACCAAAGUGAAAUUAAACCACUAAAUAAAACGGGGGGUGGGGGUGGUG